AUGCUAACUGAUCCAGAAGUGUCGGCAGUAGUACGCGAUACCGUCAUUGAUAUUUUGUUGAAAAAUCUGAUGCAUAUGGAUGGCGGAUUACCGCGUGGCUGGAGCUGGAGAUUUGUUGAGGAUCGAGGACUUCUUAAGUUACUGCAUGUUUCAACACAGAUCCCCGAGCAGUGUGAGUAUCCGGUCACUGCUGAAACACGGCAGCACUUAGCCGUGUGCUUGGCUCGACUCUACGACGACAUGUAUUUUGUUAAACGAUCUCAGCAAAAACGAAGUGAAAGUGAAAAUGGCAUGCAUGCUGAUCACAUUGUUACAGGUCAUUCAUCUGAAGAAAAAGCUAAUAAAGAAGUAAAAGGCCGCUAUAUCUGUUUGCGAAAAAAAGAUAAUUUGAAGGGCCCAGUGGACGUCGGUAUAAAUAUGGGCCCAGUGGACGUCGGUAUAAAUAUGGUUACAAAUGAUCGUAUCACAGCGAUGAUGUUGGAAAUGGCCGCGAGCGAUGAUCAGCUGCAGCAGAGCACGGCUGCCGAGCUUAUUGUUCAUGCUUUUGGCGUUCCUGUGUUGCGAAAAUUAUACAAUUCAAGUGAUGAUACAGUAAAAGUCCGGGCGCUGAUGGGCCUGUGCAAAUGCGCUUCUGCUGGUGGCGACGAUGCAGCGAAACAAACGAUGCAGGAAGGAAGCACAUUGAAACUUGCGAAAACGUGCAAGAAAUUUUUGCUGGACGUGAACCGAUACACCAGCGAUGUAAGGAGAUUUGCACUCGAAGGAUUGUCAUAUUUGACGCUGGACGCCGAUUUUGGCGUUCCUGUUUUGCGAAAAUUAUACAAUUCAAGUGAUGAUACAGUAAAAGUCCGGGCGCUGAUGGGCCUGUGCAAAUGCGCUUCUGCUGGUGGCGACGAUGCAGCGAAACAAACGAUGCAGGAAGGAAGCACAUUGAAACUUGCGAAAACGUGCAAGAAAUUUUUGCUGGACGUGAACCGAUACACCAGCGAUGUAAGGAGAUUUGCACUCGAAGGAUUGUCAUAUUUGACGCUGGACGCCGAUGUGAAAGAAUGGAUUGUCGAAGAUCCACUGCUCCUGCAGGCAAUGCUUUGCCUUGCCAAGAGUGCCGGUUCGUUGUGCGUUUAUGCUUUGGCUAGCAUAUAUGUGAAUCUGACGAAUUCGUACGACAAACCGAAGAUUGACGAAGAGCUCGUGAAGCUGGCUCAGGUUAGCUUGAACGAUUCGGAAUGGGAUGUAAUGAGAAAAUGUAUAUAA